AUGUCUAUCCUCGAGGUUAAACGGAGCAGUUCCAAGGUAGAAGAACUUGAGGAGCAGCCCGUCAUCCUGAAUGUAUUUGCCGCAGAGCAGCAAACGCUGGGCGAGCGAAUUCGAACGGCUUUCGAUAAGCGUCUCAUGCCUGUCGUCUGCUGCCUUUACGUACUCUCUUAUCUUGACCGUGGCAACAUUGGCAAUGCCAAGACAGCCGGAGCGCAGGGUGACCUUAACCUCAGCGAUUCCCAAUGGGCCUGGGUCUUGAACACCUUCUACAUCUGCUAUGUCUGCUUCGAGUGGACAACAGUUUUGUGGAAGAUCCUGCCUGCAAGCAAAUAUGUUAGCACUCUUUGUGUCCUUUGGGGAACCGCUGCAAUGUGCUCUGGCGCGGCGAAAAAGAUGGCCGAUCUUGUUGCCUGCCGUGCAUUCCUGGGCAUCUUCGAAGCAGCUUUCGGUGCCGGGGCACCGUACUUCCUUUCUAUGUUCUAUCGCAGACGAGAGCUGGGGCUUCGCGUCUCCCUCUUGCUAGGUAUGGCUCCCUUGGCCAACUGCUUCGCCUCUGCCUUGGCGUACGGCAUUACGCAUAUCCGCGGAUCCUUGGAGCCAUGGCGAUACCUAUUCAUCAUCGAGGGUGCACCAACCGUCUUAUUUGCCUUCGUUACUUGGUUCUACCUGCCAGAUUCUCCAGGCACGGCCAAAUACCUAUCGGAUGAAGAAAAGACACACGCCGUUGAGCGAUUACAGGUUCGGGACCACACUAAGAAGAGCAGUGUCAAGUGGUCUCAAGUGUUUGCCGGCAUGUUGGAUUAUCAAAACUAUGUCCACGCGACGAUCCACUUCUUCUGCAACUACUCGUUUGCCGGCCUCUCAAACUUCCUUCCUACAAUUGUUAGGGAGAUGGGUUAUUCUUCCGUCACGGCCCAAGGUCUGACUGCACCCGUCUAUUUCGCAGCCUUCCUCUGUUGCAUUGCGGCCGCGUACGCGUCUGACAGGUACGGCAAACGUGGCUACAUUGUCAGCGGCUUUGCCACCAUGGGAAUGGCCAUUUUACACUAA